AUGGAUCUCAUAUCUUCUCAGUUCACUCCUUUCAUGUCCUCGAUGGCUUCGAUUUUGACGAAUACUGUACCCUGGCACAAGGGCGAGGAGCAACUACACCACCUGCUCCGAGCCCCUCAUGGGGAGAACCCAACUACGCCGUACCUGAGCCAACGAGCAGCAUUCCUGGUGCAAGAAGCCCCGCUGCUUGCGCUAGGUACAUUAGACUCACAGGGCCGGCCAUGGUCAACGAUAUGGGGCGGUACAGCGGGCUUUGCAGAGCCAGCGACCGAAUCAUCGCUAAUCGGGCUCCGGACACAAGUAGACAGCAAAUACGACCCCGUUGUCCGGGCACUUUUGGCCAACCGUACUGAUCAAUAUCCAGGAAAGAUGGUUUCGGGUCUAGCAAUUGACCUGGAGCACCGCCGUCGAGUGAAGUUGUAUGGCCGGAUGGUGGCGGGCUCGCUAUCGGAUACAGACGCAGGGCAGGCAAAAUUGAUUGUCCAUAUUGAAGAAAGCCUUGGGAAUUGCCCCAAAUACAUGAACAAGAAGCAUAUUGUGCCUGCACUGCCUGAUCCAAAGCUGAGAUCGGACUCGCCUCAAUUGAGUCUUGCUGCAAGUGAGCUGCUCUCUCGUGCGGAUACUAUGUUUGUAUCUUCGUCCUAUGAAGCAAUGACCAUGGAUACGAAUACUCGUGGAGGUCCGGCGGGAUUCAUGCGUGUUGAAUCCAAUAAUGCUAGCGGUGCUGUGAUUGUUUAUCCCGAGUACUCGGGAAACAGACUCUAUCAAACGCUAGGGAAUCUAGCAACCACCCCUCUGGCCGGUUUUGUGGUUCCGGAUUUCGACACAGGCAAUGUUCUUUAUUUCACUGGCUCUACAGAGACACUGGUUGGGAAAGACGCAGCUGCCAUCUUGCCUAGGUCAAAUCUCGCCGUGCGAGUUACCAUUGCUGCUGCAGUCUUUGUUGAGAAUGGAUUGAGCUUUCGCGGCGAGGCCGGGGAGCUUUCUCCAUACAACCCCAGUACAUAA